AUGAGUCUUGCGUGUCAUGUCGAUGCCAACAAGUUGGUUGAGGAACUACGCAGCGACCCGGAAAGGAGGAAAAGCGAGCGCCUCUGGACUGAGAGUGUCUCCGGAUCCAUGAUCCCGUAUCCCACGCGAUAUGCCAGCCGUGAGGAAAUACCCAGAUUCAAGAUACCGAAGGAAGGGGCGCCGGCGGAGGCAGUGCGUAGGAUGUUGAGGGAUCACUUGGAUCUGGAUGGGAUUCCAAAUUUAAACAUGGCUAGCUUUGUCGGCACGUAUAUGGAACGCGAAGCUGACGAGCUUCUCUCGGAAAAUAUCAACAAGAAUUUGGCAGAUGCUGAUGAAUAUCCGGCACUGAUGGAGAUGCAUGCACACUGCGUUUCCAUGCUAGCAAACCUCUGGAAUGCUCAGCCUGGGGGUAAUGCAAUCGGUUCUGCAACGACUGGCUCUUCCGAGGCCAUUCACCUGGGCGGAUUGGCAAUGAAAAGACGUUGGCAAGAGAAACGAAGAGCUGCCGGAAAAGACAUCUCGAAACCCAAUAUCAUCAUGGGCGCAAAUGCACAGGUUGCACUCCUUAAAUUUGCGAGAUACUUCGAAGUUGAGCCGCGAAUCCUUGAUGUCUCUGAGAAAAGCCAGUAUAGGCUUGAUCCUGAACUGGUUAAAAAGAACGUGGACGAAAAUACUCUCGGAGUCUUCGUUAUUUUAGGUAGUACAUAUACCGGUCAUUACGAACCCGUGGAGGAGAUUUCAAAUAUACUUGAUGAAUAUCAAGCGAAGACUGGUGAAGACGUGCCUAUCCAUGUCGAUGCAGCAAGCGGAGGAUUUGUUGCACCAUUCGCUUUCGCUCAGGCCGGAGGCUCCAAAUGGGACUUUUUGCUGCCCCGGGUGAAAUCGAUCAAUACAUCUGGCCAUAAAUUUGGCUUGGUCUAUGCUGGGCUUGGUUGGAUUAUUUGGCGGGAUAGAUCGUAUCUGCCAAAAGACCUUAUUUUUGAGCUUCAUUAUCUUGGCGGAACGGAAGAGACGUUUACCUUGAAUUUCUCCCGCCCCGGAAUGCAGGUGAUAGGACAGUAUUACAACUUCAUUCGCCUUGGCUUUAACGGGUACCGUGAAAUCAUGGAGAAUUGUUUGGCAAAUGCCAGGUUGCUGAGCAAGGCUCUUGAGAAAACAGGAUGGUUUGUGUGCGUUAGCGACAUUCAUCGAAAGAAGGGGAAUUUCAACCUUGGGCAGACGGCUGAGGAGCUUAAAGAAUUGUUGAAAAACGUGGAGGGUGAAACAUCAGCGGAUUAUAACGCCGGUCUGCCGGUAGUCGCGUUUAGACUCUCUGACGUGUUUCAAAAAAAAUAUCCGGAUGUAAAGCAGGAUAGCAUCAGUUUGUUGCUUCGUGCGAAGCAGUAUAUCAUUCCAAAUUACCCACUCCCUCCAGCAGUGGACAAGACAGAAAUCCUGCGAAUAGUUGUCCGUGAAAGUAUGUCGGCAGAUCUCAUCGAUCGGCUUGUAGCGGACACCGUAGCUAUCACUGAGAAGCUCAUGGAAAAGCCAGUAGAUAUUGCCGCACUCCACACAGGAUCUACCUCAAUCGCCAGGCGACAUAUGGCUGCAAAUGGGGAAAGGGGUGCAAAGGGAACGAGAAAGCACCACCCUGAUGGCAUCCACAGAAGCGUCUGUUAG